CGAGCUGCCUCAAUUUUGUCCCAGAUUUUGGCUUUAACUCAUUGCAGCAUAAAGUGUUUCGACUUGGGCUCCCUACUUUCUGAACCGGGUGGAAGGGGCAGGGGAACUGGGGGCGGGGCGAGACGUGGGAGAUGCCCUCAAGGGCACAUAAUUGAUGCAUUCCCAACUUGCCCAAGACAGAAAAUACUUGGAAUGGUUGGCAGGAGUUCAUCACUCUUGUGGUUGGUAAUUAUGGUGUGAUUUCGAGUUGGCCAAUUAAUUCAUCGAAUCCUUAUCCUUAUUGGUUGCUCACAAUAUUACCAAAGCCUGUAUACCAUACCUUUAAAAAUCCUUUUAUUUUUUUCCCCCUUUGGAAACUUCUCUUUUAAUCUCAAAUUGGUGACAAUUUGUAGUAAAGAUUAAAAAUGAAGAGUAAGCUUUCUCUCAACUUCUCUUAUAACAAAAAGGGGCCAAGAAAAUGUAUGUUAUGUCUUGAGCUGUCAGUCAUCAUAUGUGAACAAAUUUAAAACAAAUAAAAUUUUAAUACACGUUAAAAAAAAGAGAGAGAAAAUGUAUGUUAUGUCUCUGAGCAUAGGACCAGGUUUACAGUUACCUCUUUUUAUAACAAAAUUUUUAACUAGUUCUCCCUAUUCAAUGGCUACCUUAGUUUGCAGGUCAUAAAGGCUGGGAGGUAAACAACAGAAAUUUGUAUAUUCUCAAAACUGGAGGCUGAAAACCAGACAUCAAGGUGUGGGCAGGGCUACUUCUUCCCAGAUCUCUCUCCAUGGCUUGCAGGUGUCUGCCUUCUCUCUGUCCUCACAAGGUCUUUGUAUGUUAUCUCUGACCUAAUCUCUUCUUACUUGACAUCAGUCAUAAGGACCAGGACCCACAAUAACAAUGUUAUUUUAGCUUGACCUUUUUCAAGGUGGACUUUCCAAACACAAUCACAUUCUGAGGAACUGGAGGUUAGAGCUUCAUCAUAUGAGAUGGAUGGGAGUAUAAUUCAGUCUAUAACAUGGACCAUUUAUCAACAUUUUAGAUUUAAAAGAAAAGAAGAUUCCUUUGUGUCUGCACUUGGAAUAUGAAGUGCAGGAAUUCACCACUUUUUUCAUUAUGGAGUAAAAAAUUAACCAUGUAGGAAGUAAAAUGAGGACUUACUGUGGUCUCAGGAUAGUGUUUAGAGUCUAUGUUAGAUACAAACACAAGGCAGGGGCCUUGUCCUCAAGGAAUAAAUGUUUAAACUGAUAAAGCCAUAAAAUGGAAGUAAAUUUUAAUGUUUCCAUUUUCUAGAUAAUUGCUCACUUCUGCUCUUCAGUUUGUGAGUUUAGAGAUUUUUUUGGUUUCCCUGAAUUAUUAAGAGGAGAUGUUUAGAACUUGCUGAAGAAGCCUUCUCAAGGGAGCUUAUUAUAUUGACAACCCUGGGUUUUGUUCUUUUUCUUUUCAGUCCCCAAGGUGCACACUGUUAAAAUAAAAUAGUGUCCCUAAAAGUAGGUUUUUAAAAGCUGUAUUAUUUUAGUAAUGACUCAUCUUCUGUUGUGCUAAUAUGUUGAUGCUGAAAUAAGUCCAAUGUGGACAGACCUUCGAUUUACUACAAGAGUGAUUUUGGAAAUGUAUUGGGUCCUAAUUGGCAAGUUCUCUAUUUCACUAUAUUUUUUUUCCCUCAAGAAAUGGUCAUUGCUGAUCCAGUAAUUAAGAACAUAAAUCUGAGUUUCCUUUCAAAACAGUUUUACUGAGUUUAGAUUUGGCAAGAACCACAUUGUGUAAUAAUUCACUGUUUCAUGUUUCAUCCUCUAUCCCGUAAAUCAUGAAAGAACAUUGUUCAUUACAGAUAAAUCGGAAUGUUUAUUCCUAAAAUGUUAUAUUCAGGGACAUCUCCAAAUUAAAAUGUCAUUUUUCAGAUUCAGAUAGUUCUAAAAUGCUCUGCCUGGCGCUGAGGUUCAGAGGUGGGUAACCCAAUUUUUGCUUUCAAUGAGCCUCAAGACAGUGGAGAAGAGAUGUGUCAAAGAGUGAAUCUCUUUAACAUGAAACAGUGUGUGCUGCGUGUGGCAAUGGGGGACAGAGUGCAACAGGAGCUCAUAAGAAACAGACUGUCACAAGGCAAGGGAUGAGUAGACGCCAAGUAGAGUUCUUAAGAGGACACCUUUACACCAGGAUUUGAUAGAGUAGGCUUGCGACUGGAAUUCAGGAAGAGAGAACAUUCUGAGUGGAAGAAAAAGCAUGAGUACAGCACAUGGUGGGAAAAGGGGUAGGGAAUAUCCAGGGAAGGAGGGUAGAAUACUGCGGAAGAUAAAAACGCUAUGAUGGGAGAUCAUUGGAAAGGGGAAUUGAGCCAGAUCUUAGGCUGUCUUUUCUUGAAUGGCCUCGUAUGUCUUCUGAAGAUUUAGGGGAUCAUUCUGCAACUAAUAAGGAGCAAGCCAAGAUUUGCACACUAGAGCUGCAUCCGAUCCUAUUUAAGACAGCUCCAAUGGCAUUUUGAAGGAUCAACAUUUGAAGGAUGCAGAGGAACUUUAGGGGUAAGCAAAUUAGAAGGUGCAGUAAUCCAGGGGAAGAAAACCAGAAAGCUGAAGAUUGGACAGGGAACAAUGACAAUGGAAAUCAAAGCCAGGAUCGGAAAGGUCUGGUCCUCUUUGUGUCCAUGCAGACUCACUCUUCAUGUGACAGACUGUGCCCGUGUCUAGCCCUGAGAUUCUAUGAGGUAGGCUUCUAUGACCACAUAAGAACCUUGUAUUCUAGAUGGAAGCAUUGCACCCUAAUUGUAAGAACAUAUAAGAAUGCUUCAGUGAGAAUUCUUUAAGUGAGAUCAUCUCUCCCACCUCAGUUACUAUAUCAGUUGAAAGGGGAUAAUUAGAUCUACUGAAUACAAAACUAAUUUUUUUCGGGGGCUGGGGUAUGGAGACAUAGUAAUGAUUGGGCAAUUUUCCUAAAUAGUUCCUAUUGAUUCAAUUCUACCCUUGGGUUUUAUAGGACCAUGAGUUUUAGUUUUGGCUCACUGAACUCUAAAUAAGAAUUUAACAAAAAAUUCAAAAUGAAACCAGGAGGAAGUUAGGGAAGGAAACAAGCUAAUUAGAUGACAUUAUUACAGAAGAUCUUAAAUUGUUGGAUUACAAUACAAGAUACCAAAGUGCUUAAAAUUCUUAAUGUUUCCUAAGUUCCAAAGUGAUUUUGUAGAGAUAUAGUUGAAGAAAUAUACUGAGAAGGAAACAAGUAGCCAAUCAGACAUAUGGAGACCAUUGUUGACUGCUUGGUGGUGGGCAUGGAAGAAAAACAUAAAAUGGUCUACAACUGGAGAACAUGCAUUUUGCAGCAUUUAUAGAAAGGAAAUCCCAUUUUAUCUCUAACUGUAUAUGUGCUCCCGAAGCAAGCACGUAAAGACAAAUUUUUAAGCUGUGCAAUAAUCCAGGAAAGAAGUUACGAAUCCUAAAUGGAGGCAGUAGCAAUGUAAAUGGUAGGAAUUUACUGACAGACAAUGGCAGAAAGAGUCUUACAGAAGUUAGAACUCCUGGAUAAGCAAGCAAAGAUACUCAUGAACAGAAGAAUAAAGAAAAACAAGCUUCAGUAUGUAGGAACAGAAAAUACUUUACCCCUGACAUUUGAUUAUCAUUCAGAAUUUGAAGAGGGUAGUUCUACCCUUCAAUCUGCAUCGAGGACAGCAUCAAAGACCAUGGAAGAUAAGUCACGUGAUGUUAAAAAAUCAAAAAAAUGUGUCUAUUUCAAAAUUGAACCUGAACCCAGAAAGAGUGAUUUUGAAAAGUUAAAUUUAAGAUCACAAUUUGUUCCAACAAACAUGAAAAAUCAAGAAACUCAAAUCGAAAAAAAUACUAGAAAAUCAUUGGAGUCAAUUGGUUUCUUAGAAGAUGAUGUAAACAAGAGAAGGAAGUAUCCUCCACCAACGAAUGAUUUCAGUACAAAAGAAAAGAAGCCAAUCACAAGUGAUCCAUUGAGUGACCACUGUUCAGUAAGAAAGAACACCUUGCUCCCCUUGUGUUUUGAGGAUGAACUGAAAAAUCCAAAUGCCAAAAUAGUGGACAUUAGUCCAGCAAAGACAGAAACUUCUCAAGUGGAACAAAAGGACACAAAUCCCAUAAUUUUCCAUGAUAAAAAAUAUAUUCAAAUGUUACUUUUCACAAAAAAUGGACUUUCUGCCCAUCUUUGGCAAAAUGAAAAACUUUACCCUCAUAAAAGAACAAAUUUUGUUUUGGAAAGAAACUGUGCGAUGCUCAAAUCUUUUAUUGGCAAUGAAGUGAUUACCUUUUCUGAACCCCAAAGAACUACACAUAUAACAUUUGAAAAAGAUAAACAAGCCACACCUUUGAGAGUGGACCAAAAAACAGUGAAGAAUACUUGUGAUCAGCCAUCAAAAGGCAGACUUUGGAGUAGAAGUUAUACUAUCUCACCGACUUUUUCCCAUUUCACAAAAAAAUGUGUGGGCUAUCUUGAUAAACCUGUUAUUCGAGAAAAGAGUGAUAAAACUCACAAAUUUGAAAGAAUGCUUUCUACAGUGAAGCCGGUGCACACACACAAAUUCACUGCCUCACCUAUUAAAGACUACUCAAAGCCUUCGAAAAAAAUACUGGAAGUUCAUAAAAUAAGUGACGUAACACCGUUGGAUGAUUUGUUAAAGUUGUCAAAAGAUGAUUAAAGGCCUCCAAAGAUGUCAUCUGUACAGUAGUAUUUUGGUAACAAGAAGCAAAUAACCAAGUUUCAAGAUGAUAAAAGAAAUCCAAAUUGUAAUAUUCUAAUGAAUGGCUCAAGAAAGCAAGGCAUAGAAACUGGAGUUACAAAUCGACAGUGGUCCAAUGGAGAAAAAUCAACAUUUUUUUUAGUAAAUAAUAGGACACUGGGAAAUAAUUAUCAAUUAGAGGGACUAGUCCAUGACUUUUUACUAUCUCAAUUAGAUUGAUCAGUCAUUAGCAUUCCUACAGUAAAGUCUGAUUCAAGACCAAGAAUGGCAUGCACUAACCAGAUAUUUGCUGUUGGAAGCCAAUAAGCUUGUUCUAUAAUUGAAUAUCAAAUGAGACAAACAUACCUUUACUUUAUCACUGUGGAAUUAAUCAUUAUCAGCAUUUUAGAGAACCAUGGAUAAAUAGUAUCACAUUAACAAUGUAUAC